AUGGGAAAGACUGGAGAGUUAUACAGCUCUACGGCUGAAAGUUCGCGGAUUUUCGAUCUGCUCUUUACACUCGUCGACGGCGUGUCUCUGCCUCCAGAGACCCAGGCAAAAAAGGUUGACAUCAGCUUUACGGCAUCCCGCGAUCAGCCGUAUUUCCCUGUUCCCUUCAAGGAGACAGAGGUCGCCGCAGCCUUAAAGGCAGUCGAGGGCAGCGCCGCUGCUCUCUUAGCCGAUCAAGCAAACGGAACCGAGAAAAGCCGGAAAAUUACGGUCAACCUGGAAAAGACCACGGCCUUUCUGUUCCAAGCAUAUCUUGCAAAGAUUGGAGGCCUCGGCAAGCUCGAUGCGGAUGUCAAGUCUCUGCUGAAAGACACAGAUAUUCUACAGGCUCAGUCCAACCCGUAUCGACGCAUGUCCGCCAACUUAUACGCAACCGCCGAGGAGGGAGAGUAUUACCACAUCCACGGCUCGCUGGAGGCUUCAACCACACUGCGCAUGCUUGGUCUGGAGGCUUUUCGCCCCGAUCUCAAGACCCACGAUGAUAUUGUUCGCGUCAUCGAGGCGGCCGUCAAAAAGCGUACAGUCGAUGAGCUAGAAAUCUUGAAUGCGCAGCAUCGACAAGCGGGUGUCAAAGCAUUCAAACAUGAUGAGUUUCUUCAAACGCCACACGGACAAGUCAACUGGAGACUGCCUCCGUGGACCGUCGAGCAGCUCGAGGACAGCACCCCUAAGCACGGCCUGCCAGGCCGUGGUGAAAGCCGCCGACUUCUCGCCGGGGUUAAGGUGCUUGAAAUGUGCCGCAUUAUUGCGGGGCCGGUGAUUGCGCGCAUCUUGGGAGAGUACGGUGCUGAUGUACUCAAGAUCACCAGCCCAAGCCUAAGUGACGUGCCCUUCUUCCAGGUAGAUGGAAACAUGGGCAAACGGACCGCGGAUCUCGACUUGAAGACUCCGGAGGGCAGGAGCGCAUUUGAGCGACUCCUGGAGGAUGUCGACGUCAUCAUAGAUGGCUACAGGCCUGGCGCCCUAGACAGACUUGGAUACGGAGUCAAGGCUCUCUCGGAGACAGCGGCCAAGAGGGGCAAGGGCAUUGUCUACGUGAACGAGAACUGUUUCGGCUACCAGGGAGAAUGGGCAGGCCGCCCUGGCUGGCAGCAAAUCGCGGACUGUGUCAGCGGCAUCGCAUGGGAUCAAGGCCGCUUCAUGGGACUCGACGAGCCCGUUGUGCCCCCGUUUCCCAUUUCCGACUACGGCACGGGAUGCAUGGGUGCCAUUGCCGCCCUCACCGGACUCUAUCAUCGGGCCGCACGGGGAGGCUCAUGGCAUGGAAAGACGUCGCUGUUGCAUUAUGACCUUCUGCUAUAUAGAGCCGGUCUCUUACCAGCCCAAGUACAAGACCAGCUUAGAGCGCAGGCCGGCCAGGAGUUCCUAGCCCUUCGUCACGCCCACAGCGUUGAUCAGAUUUCGGGCACCGCUCUCCAGGAACUAAGGAGACGAUAUCCCGAGUUCGUUGACCAGCCACGGUAUCUAGACCACUGGUACUCGGACGGCUACAAAGCUGAUGUCUCAGCCGUCUUGCCGGUGGUGGAAAUUCAAGGCUUGGACAUCAGCUUUGCGCGUGCCAGCAGGCCCAACGGGGCUGACGAGGCGAGCUGGGAUUUUGAAAAGGAGAAGGACCAGAGAAUCCCGUAUGUACGGGCGUGA